CGUUCGCCGCCAUGGACUGACUGGUCGGCCGCCCGUACGAACUGACACCAUGAACCAGCUGGUCCUUUACACGCUGCUCUUCUGGGUGCCCAGGCAGCUGGCUGGGGCGUGUCCUGCCGGCUGCCAGUGCCAUGACCCUAAGACCAUCCUGUGCGCGGCCCGACGUGGCCAGAGUGUGCCCCAGGGGCUGCCCCCCACCACCCUCUCCCUCUACGUCUUUGAGAACGGCAUCACGACACUCAGUGAGGACAGCUUUGUGGGCCUGCCUGCCCUCCAGCUCUUGGACCUCUCCCAAAACAAAAUCACCAGCAUCCAGAAGAACGUCUUCCAGCCCCUGACAGAGCUUGUCAACUUGGACCUGUCCUCCAACCUGCUGCAGGAGAUCACCAACGAGACCUUCCAUGGGCUGCGGUUGCUGGAGCGGCUCUACCUGCAGAGGAACAGGAUCCAGCACAUCCAUGCUGCUGCCUUCGACACGCUGGAGAACUUGCUGGAGCUGAAGCUGCAGAACAACCAGCUCUGGGCCGUGCCCCCCCUUGACCUGCCUAACCUCCUGCUGCUGGACAUCAGCUGGAACAAGAUCCCCACCAUUGCACCGGCAGCCUUCCGUGCCAUCAACAUCGAGUCCCUGAAGAUUGCUGGUCUGGGCCUCACAAGCUUAAGCGAGGAGCUCUUCCAGGCCCAGAACAACCUCCAUGAGCUAGAUGUCUCCGACAACCUGCUGGAGCACGUGCCAGGGGUGCUGCAGCGCCUGGGCAGCCUCACCAGGCUGAACCUGGCCGGCAACGCCCGCAUCACCCAGCUGCCCGCCGACCACUUCCGCGGCCUCCACAACCUCCAGGAGCUGGACAUCAGCAACCUCAACAUCAACACCAUCCCUCGGGACUUCUCCCGCUUCUUCCCACGGCUGCGGGCCGUGACGGCCGCUGGCAACCCCUUCAACUGCAUCUGCCAGAUGAGCUGGCUGGUGCAGUGGGUGAAUGCCAGCGGCGUGCUGCUGCGCCGGCCCGAGGAGACACGCUGCCACUUCCCCCCUAAGAACUCCGGCAAGCUGCUGCCCCGCCUGCAGUACGCCGACUUCGGCUGCCCCACCACCACCACCACGCUCCCGCCCAGCACGCCGCAUGCCACCAUGCUGCCGCCCACGCUGCCUCCCACCAGCGCCCUCCUGCUGGCGCCGCCACAGCCCAGCACCGCUGCUCCCACCACGAGGGCGCCGGCCCUGCUGCACAGCUCCACGCCGUCGCCCUUCAGCGGCGCCCUGGCGCUCACCAGCCCCCCGCCACCCCUCUGCCCACCUCGCACCUGUCUGAACGGUGGCACCUGCCUCCUGGGUGCCCGGAGCCACGUGGAGUGCCUGUGCCCAGCAGGUUUUGCUGGCGUGUACUGUGAGGCAGAGGUGAGGACCACGACGCCGUCCCCGGCUACGUGGCCUCCGGUGCAGGGCCGGCGCGUCAGCAUCGCGCAAGUGGGCAGCACCUCCCUGCGAGUGGACCUCCAGAACUAUGUGCAGUCCAAGGCGCAGCUGAAGGGCAUCCGCCUGAGCUACCGCAGCCCAUGCGGGCCGGACAAGCGGCCAGUGAUGCUGCGCCUUCCCGCCUCACUCUCAGAGUAUACAGUGCGGGCGCUGAGGCCCAACUGCACGUACCGUGUCUGUAUCGGGGCACUGGGGGAGAAGGGCUCUGCGGAGGAGCACUGCGCUGAGGCACAGACCCUGCCCGCCAGCCAGCAGCAGCACUCGCCCGUCACCCAGAGCAAGGACGGCAGCCUUGCCCUCAUCAUCGUCCCCGCGCUGGCUGCCGUCCUACUGCUGCUGGUGCUGGUGACAGCCGCCAUGUACUACCGGCGGCAGCGCCGUGCCAAGAUGGGCACUGGGCGGGACGUGGGCCCGCUGGAGCUGGAGGGGGUGAAGACUUGCCUGGAGAAUGGGGACUUGGGCAGCCGCAAGGCGCCCGAGGCGGCCGUGCUGUCCAGCAGCUCCGAGUGCGAGGUGCCGCUCAUGCAGUCACACUACCCCAGCAACAACAACACCCCAGGGCUCAAACCCUCCUAUUUCUGAGCUGGAGGGUCAGCGGCAGCCCCCAGCAGGGGGGAGGUCACAGAAUUAAGAGGGGAGACCCCCAGACCCUUGACGUGCAAUUUGCAGGAGGAGACAAUGUCACCACUCAGUGCCUUGGUCUCUAUGACUCUGUAGAACGUGGGGAGCAAAAGAGGGGACGCGUGAGGUUUUCAUCAGAGGGUUGAGGGGAGGCUUGUUUUAGCUACUGCUGAAAACAAAGCUGCCAUGUGCCUGGGAUAAGGGACGUCCAUGUGCUGGUAACAGGGGCCCUUUAGCGCAGCACGACCUGGGACUCUUCCCCUCCCUGGAAGCUGAUGUGAACAGUAAGGCCUGGCUGAGGUGCUGGGACCCUCGGGACACCCAGGCCGAAGGAAGCACCGAAGAGGCAAUCCGGGAAUUGAAGCUUUAAGAACUCAGAAUAUUUAUACAGUUAUUUCCCAUUUCUUCUGGGAAAACACUUUUUUGUUUCUAGUACAGAUUUGUGUACAUCUCUUUUGUAAAAGCGGAACAGAAGGUGGCUUUUGUAAAAAAAACAAGAAAAACAAACCCAAAAACACCAGGAGUGCAACCCCUCUGUGCAGG